AUGAAGUUCUUCAACACCCUCGUCCUGGCUUCCACGGCCCUCGCCCUCCCGACGGAAAACAAGCGCCAGAUAGGCAGCGUCGGCAGCACGGCCAACGAGUUCAAGACGGGCGGCUGCAAGGACAUCAUCUUCGUCUGGGCCCGCGGCUCGACCGAGAUCGGAAACAUGGGCACCGUCGUCGGUCCCCCGGUGGCCAACAGGCUCAAGAGCGCCUUCAGCGGCCAGGUCGCCGUCCAAGGCGUCGACUAUGCCGCCCGCCUCGACACCAACUUCCUCCCCGGGGGCGCCGACCCCGCCGGCAUCAGCGAGAUGGAGAGCAUCCUGAACAACAUCGCGUCCAAGUGCCCCGACGCCAUUGUCGUCACCGGAGGAUACUCCCAGGGCGCAGCCGUCAACCACCGCGCGAUCGAGGACCUCCCCGAGGCGCAGAAGACCCAGAUCGCCGGCGUCGUCACCUUCGGCGACACCCAGUUCCGCGCCGACAACGGCCAGAUCCCCAACUUCCCCAAGGACAAGAUCAAGAUCAUCUGCGCCGCGAACCCGCGCGACACCGUCUGCGACGGCAACCUGAGCGCCGCCGUGCUGGCGCCGCACCUCUCGUACGGCGCCGACGCCGGCGAGGGCGCCGAUUUCCUCAUCGCCAAGAUCAGGGCCGUUCAGGGGGCUUGA